UUAAGCUUCGUCGUCUGUAUACUCUGAGCAACGCUCGCAGCGAGAGAUCCGAAAGGGAGGCCGACAUCGCUCAUCGUGGGAGGCUAAACGACCACUUCGCUCUCACACUUCCAUCCCAACAUCACGACUUCGCUCACACUUCGCUAGAGCUUGUUUCUCUUGGUAUGGGUGGUGAUAAUGGCGGAGAUGAACAUGAUGGACGAGAUAAUGAUAUUGUAUUGUUUGGGACAGUGAUUGCUACAGUGCUUUUUUUGCGGAAUAGACUUGCGGAUUCCAAUACUAGAUUGUCAUGUAGAACAUCUGAUGUUGGGGAAGAUGAUUUGCAUGAUGACAGACCAUUGGCUCGCGUGCGCGAUAAAAUUGGCGAUAAACUUUUUGUUAGGAAGCAGAGGAAGAAGAAGAGGGAGCUCAAGGAGGCUUUUGAAUUUGCCGAUAUGUCAAGGAAAAGGAAAGAUAAAAUGGCUACAUAUAAGGGUAGUGAGAAUGAGAGAGUUAAAUGGGAUGAUGCGAAUACUCGUGUUUUGGUGGAGAUGUGUGUUGCUGUUAUGAAAGCUGCUAAGCGAGUCCCUGGUUCUCGAAUCCCAAAACUAGAGUGGGAAGAACUUGUGGUCCAAUUUAAUGCCAAAACUGGACUUAGCUACCAAAAAAAGUCGUUAAAAAGUAAAUGGGAUUUGCUAAGAAAGGACUGGACAUUAUGGGCAAAAAUGACUGCUAGGGAUACAGAUAUUGGGUGGAAUGACAGCAAGCAAACAAUAGAUGCAAGUGAUGAAUGGUGGGAAGAAAGAAUAAAGGAGAACAAAGAAUAUGCCAAGUUCUAUAAACAUGGGUUCAAACAUAAGGCAGACCUUGAAUUUUGUUUUACAGGUGCAUAUGCUAGUGGAUCAGCCCAAUUGGCACCUUCAAGUGGAUACAUACCAACUCCAAAGUACUCUGUUGGUGAGGGUACUCAGAAUACCCAACCUGAGGAUGGCUUGGGGACUGGGUUUGGAGAGGACGGAUAUGUGCCGGAGCCAUGCAACCCCUGCACUGAUCCACCCAAUGUUGUCAACCUUGGAGAAUCACCAGAAAGAGUCAUAGAAGCUGAUGAUAUUUCUUCAGCAAGUUCGCCAACUAAGGGUGUUCCAGUGACACCAUCACACACUUCUGGAUCAAUGCGGAAGGGGUCCUUUGAAGGGUCUGUGAACCGAAGUUCAAGUAAGAAGCGAACAGUGACCAGAUCAGAUGAACAUGAGACUAUGGUCAAUACUACAACUCUGGCAAUGGAUAUACUGAGGAACAUGAGGAGGGAUGGCUCCAUUUCUGAUGAUUUGUAUCUCUUCGCGGCUGAACUUUUCGAAGAUGAUCAUGCAAAGGAGAUUUUCAUCAAUUGUGAGCCGGAUCUGCGAUUGUUGUACCUGGAAAGGAAAUACUCCCAAAACAUGAACAAGACGGACUUGGGUGGCUUGUGAUCUGAUUAGAAUUCUGAAUACAUAUUCUGUUGACUUCUAACUUAUGUUUGGGGAUCCAGGCUGGGAUGGUUUGAUAAAAACUCUGUUUUGUGUACUUAUGUAUGAGAGAAUUUGACUCCUCUGUUGGAUGGUUUGAAUGUUAUAUGGUUUCCAGAUCAUUUUAUUGUCCAGUUUAUUUAAGUUUAGAAUUAGA